AUGAGUGGUGAUUUGGUCGUUUGGGUCAUAAGUUUAGUCUUGGAGCAUGAAUUUAGUAAAAAGUUGAAUGGUCCAGUGUUGCUGAGGCUUGUUGCUAGUAACGGGAAAUUAACAUUCGUGCAGGCGUGUGCUUUCAGAGAUUCUUACGAGAAGUUCAAGAAAGCAGGAGCUCAGGUUGUAGGCAUUAGUGGCGAUGAUUCAUCAUCACACAAGGCUUUUGCAAAGAAAUAUAGACUUCCAUUCACAUUGCUAAGUGAUGAAGGUAACAAAGUGAGAAAAGAAUGGGGAGUUCCUUCUGAUCUCUUUGGUGCAUUACCUGGUAGACAGACUUAUGUUCUCGACAAGAACGGCAUCGUGCAGCUCAUUUAUAAUAACCAGUUCCAACCCGAGAAGCAUAUCGACGAGACGCUCAAAUUACUUCAGACCCUUUAAAUCUCCCUUGUUUAUAGCUAGGAUGUUUGUUUGUUCGUAUCGUUCGAGAGGCAAUUAUUUGAUUCUGAAUCGCUAAUAUGAGCGAAGAAUGAUGAUCGUUCUUGUUUUUGGUUUACUACUCGAAAGUGAAAUUAUGUAUAUUUGGAUCAUAAUGCAUUCUACUUUAAUA